CUUUUGCAGUUGCUGUAAGUUUACGAUACAACGCGGUGUACGUUCGUUGCUUAAAUCUUUUGUUUCGUUUCUUUUGUCGUUUGUUCAACCGUUGUACUCUCGCAGUGACAGUUACAAACUCAACAGCCAUCAUCUUAACAUACAAAUAACAAUUUAUUAUGCGUGCGACUAUAGGAAAUUAUAUGCAUUGAACAGUUAAAUAUAAAAUGAAACUCUUCAUAUUGGCCGGCGUUUUAGCUUUAGCUUAUUUCACCACUGCCGAAGAUAAAUACACAACUAAAUAUGACAAUAUUGACGUUGAUGAAAUAUUGAAGUCAGAUCGUUUAUUCAAUAAUUAUUUCAAAUGUUUGAUUGAAACGGGCAAGUGUACACCAGAGGGACGAGAACUAAAGAAGACGCUUCCAGAUGCACUGAAAACUGAAUGCAGCAAAUGUAGUGAAAAACAGAAACAAAAUACUGACAAAGUUAUACGUUAUGUCAUUGAUAACAAACCCGAAGAAUGGAAGCAACUGCAAGCUAAGUAUGACCCUGAGGGUAUAUAUGCAGCCAAAUAUAAGAAAGAAGCAGAGAAACAAGGAAUCACAAUUUAAAUCACCUUAACAAUUCAUAAUAUAUAUGACUAAUACAUAUUGUAAAUAGUUUUGUCAGUACAUAUUUGUAGAUAAGCACAUCUUUGUACACACAUGUACUAGUGUAAGCGCUGACAUAUGUGUAAAUAAAUAAAUAAUAUUUCUGGGAAUAGACAUUUAUA